CACAGUCUUUUACACAAGGAGUGAUGGGGCAAUCUUCAGAAGGGUUCUCUCAGAAAGUGGUGGCGGACGUGAUGGGAACUUGGAGGGAGAUCGGAUAUAUGAGCGCAUGUGCUAUCGGAGUGGCUCUAGGAAUGGUAAUUUUUCUGAGAAUAUUUGCUGGACUAGUUAUCUGGUUGAUAGUGAUAGUAUUCACCUGCGCUGCUCUCGGAACUACAGGAUUUGUUUGGUAUAUUUGGUAUGAAGAGAAUGCUAAGCUGGAUCUAGUCCCUAAAGCAGACAGGACACCAGAGCAAGAGAAGGCGCUUCUAUACUGGUUUAUCUAUGCUUGCGUUGCAAGCGGAAUCACUGCAAUAUUCAUGCUUAUUGUGCUGGUUCUGCGAAAAAGAAUCGCCCUGGUUGUCGCUCUGUUUAAAGAGGCGGGGAAAGCCGUUGGAUCUAUGCCACUGCUCUUACUGCAACCUCUUUGGACUAUUCUAGCACUUGGUUCAGCUAUAGGAGGGGUUGGCUUUAUCUUUCUCUACGUAUUAACAGCAGAUGAAGCUGUAAUUGAUGCAGACGAUGACACAGUCACCUUCGUACCUGAACAGCAGAUGUGGGCAAGUGACUGCGCGUUAAUUCAUUACACAAAUCGUGAUUAAUUUGCAAACCCGCGGUUUGUAAACAGAUUAACAAUGC